AUGAAGACCACCGCGCUCCUUCCCGCCGCCGUAUUGGCCUACACGGCCGCGGCCGAGAUGCAACUCUACGCCUUCCCGUCGGUAGACAAGCGGGACAUGGACGCGGUCAACACGGCGCUCUCGCAGAUCUCGAACGCCAUAACGCAGCUCGACACCUCGGUCCAGGCCUUCGACAAGGACGGCUCGAAAGUGAAGGCCGACGCGGAGAACCUCGUGAGCACCAUCAAGGAAGGCGCCUCGUCCGUGGCGUCCUCGGGCGCGAUAUCGCUCGAGGAGGCCCUCGGCCUCCAGCAAGUCGCGGCGUUCCUGACCACGGCGGGCCAGAAAUUGGUCAAGGACGUGCAGGGCAAGAAGGCCGCGUUCGAGGCCUCCGACGUCUGCGAGGACGUCAAGUCCAACAUCGAGAGCCUCGGGUCCGAGGCCCAGACCUUCGUGGACGCCAUCAUCAAGCAGCUCCCCGAGGAAUCGCAGCAGGCCGCGAAGCAAUUGACGAGCGGGAUCUCCGCCUCGCUCACGCACGGCGCCAAGUUCUUCAAGUGCCAGAAGGGCGCGGACAAGGAGGAAGACGACGAGGAUUACGAGUCCUCGUCGUCGGCUGUCCCUGUCGCCACGACGUCCGCCUUGGCGCAUGCGUAUCCGACGUCGUCUGUGCCUGUGAUGACCCCCAGCGAGACAUGCGUCGCUAUCACGGUGACCGUGACGGCGCCGUGCGACUGCGGUCCCACGAGCUCGAGCUCCGUGCCCGUCCUCACGCCCAGCUCGCACGUCACGAGCUCCUCGGUGCCCGUCACCACGCACAGCACAAGCGUGCCGUACCCCACCGGCGCCAACUCCACGACUAUCAUCCCCACGGGCGGCGUCACGACGACCUCGGUCCCCACAGGCAUUGCCACCGCCGGCGCCUCGAGCAACGGCGUCGGAGCCGCGGGUUUAUUGGCGGGUCUGGCGGCUGCUUUCUUCGUUUAA